UUCGGCCAAUCAGCGCGCGGCGCGGGCGUGACCUCACCGCGGGAGGAAGUGGAGCGCAGAUGCGGGAUCGAUCUGAGAGUUUCUUCACUCCGUCUUUCACGCAGCUGUAAACAUGACGGACCCCAGUAAACACGACAUCACCACCAUCCUCAAGAGACUGCGCUCUAUUCCCACCAACAAGAUGUGCUUCGACUGCUCGGUGAAGAACCCCAGCUGGGCGAGCAUCACAUACGGCGUGUUCCUGUGCAUCGACUGCUCCGGGACACACCGCUCUCUGGGGGUUCACCUGUCCUUCAUCAGGUACACACACCUGUCAGAGCUCACACAGCUCACACACCUGUCCUUCAUCAGGUCGACGGAGCUGGACUCUAACUGGUCGUGGUUCCAGCUGCGCUGCAUGCAGGUGGGCGGCAACGCCAGCGCGAGUGCCUUCUUCAGUCAGCACGGCUGCAGCUCCAGCGCCGCCAACAUCAAAUACAGCAGCAGGGCGGCGCUGCUGUACCGCGAGCGGAUCAAGAGUCUGGCCACGCAGGCCACCCGCCGCCACGGCACCGAGCUGUGGCUGGAGGGUCAGGCUCCGCUCUCACCCACAUCACCCGGCGACAAACACGAGGACUUCUUCAUGCAGCACAUCCAGCUGCCCAUGCUGAAGGAAGGACACCAGCUGAACACGAGUCAAGCGCAGGACUCCGUCCAGGACAGGAAUAACAACGGUGCCGGUGAGGAGGGUCCCAGUGUGGAGCAGCUCAGCGCGUCUCCUUCAUCACCAUCAUCUUUAUCAGAGCUGCCCUCUCUGAUCAAGAAGAAACCCGCCGCCACCGGCAAGAAAGCCGCGGGCAGCAGGAAGGGCGGUCUGGGCGCGCAGAAGGUCAGCAGUCAGAGCUUCAGCGCGCAGCAGAAACGAGCUCAAGCCGUCGACAGACUCCAGGAGGAGAUGAAGAGCGGUGACGAGCCUCAACACCUGACAGGUUCGUCUCUGAGCCACUCGUUUGACAGUCUGGAGCUGCAGAGGAGCGCGAGGAGGGACGAGCAGCAGAUGAGCCGUAUGGACGGCAAGAGGAAGGAGCAGGCGGAGCGGCUGGGCAUGGGCUUCGGCGCACGCAGCGGCCUGUCGCACUCGGUGACGGAGGACAUGCGGAUCAUCCAGCAGGAUUCUCCGGCUCUGAGCUCCUCCAGCAGAAGAGUGUACGUGGAGGAGGACGAGGACAGAAGCUUCUCCUGCAGGCUUCCGGAGGAAGAGUCGUCGGAUCAGUUCUUCUUUCAGCAGGCUGAUGUCAACCUGGAUACAGAGAGGGCCACGGUGAGGAGGACGACGGAGCCGCAGUACGUCUCUGAUGACGCCCAGAGGAAGUUCGCCAACGCCAAGGCCAUUUCUUCCGACAUGUUCUUCGGGAAGCAGGACAACUCUGAGUAUGAAGUCCGGGCGCGGCUGGAGAAUUACUCGGGCAGUUCAGCGAUCAGCUCCGCGGAUCUGUUUGACGAGCAGAAGAAAUCAGCAGUGUCCGGCUCGUCCCGCUUGAGUAACAUGAUGCCCGCCGUGCCGGACAUGAUGCAGCUGAAGAGCGGCGUUCGGUCAGUGGCGGGAAAGCUGUCGGUCAUGGCCAGCGGAGUGGUGUCCUCUAUACAGGAUCGCUACGGCACAUGAGCGUCGCUGGAGCCACCGCGGACACUACGAUCACUGAGUGAAGGAGCUUCUUAUCAGUCCAGUGCUUUGGUCUAUUUUCUUCUCUAUAUCUUAUUUAGUUGGGCAGCAUUUGGUGUGUUUGACGGGGAUUCUGUUUGUCAUUUGGGAAAUGUGCGCUUUGGGAAUCAUCUGAAUUUGCAGUGAAAUAUUUGCACUUGUUUACUUUUGCACUAUUCUGAGACACAAACUCUCAGUUCCCAAACUGCACUACUUCAGCUGUGUUUCCUACAGUAAUGCAGGUGUAACUGUUGACUGAUCACGAGGAGGAGGAUAUCGUCACAUGAUCAUCGGAGCUGCGGAUGUGAUGUUCUGCUCAUAGAAGGGCUUUAUAUGCUGUAUGAAUGUGUGAUGAUGAUAAGUGGCUCGCUUCACGCACUACCAAUGAUCUGAUGUGACAAUCAUUUACCUGAAGCCUUAUUAAUAUUGCCAUAUAUAUAUGUUUUGUUUUGUCAUUUAUGAACAUUAAUCAAACAUGAAGGUGAUUGAUUUAUCUGGUAAACUGGUUUAAUUCAAUAAAGAACAGACUUGAUGAAUAA